UCAUUCACUGGCCCGCGAGACUAACACAUCUCAACAGCAGCACAAGCACAACGUGCUCGCGAGAUAGCAUACCCUUGGCUCGGCCGGACAAAUGGCUGAUAGCUUUACUGCCUGGCUGACUGAGUUGCUCAACAACAACAGUGUGGAUGGGGACGUGUUUGGAGAGUAUAUUAGUGGCUCCUUGGAUACUAUAGAGGGUUGUAAUGGAGAGGAAGUGAUGGAAACACUGACAGACAUACUGGCUGGAUGCGUGGAAGAUCAGAGAACUUGUGAGACACUGUGUAAAGAAAUAGCACAGCGGUGGCUAGUAGAGAAAGAACAGAAAAUGAUUGAGCUAAAAACCGAAGGACAAUCAUCCUCCAUAUUAUCGAGCAUCGGCAGCGUUCCCCCCACGUCAACAAACAGGAAACAGGGAACUGCAGCAGCUGUGGCUAGCAAAGCUCCUGGUCUAUCUGUGUCAGAGAAAGACAAACUACUAGCCCAGUAUGGCUGUGAAGAGUAUGAGGAUGGUGAGGAACCGAUCAGACUACCAGCUACUGCAGCUACACAGAAACAGUCAGAUUUUGGUGAUAUGUUUGAGAAUAUAAACGGUUCGUCUGUGCUUGAGGAGCAACGGGUGUUGAGAGACCAGCAGAAGGUAGCUCACGAGAGUAAGGUGGAGAGAGACAAACAGAACAGAGUGACCCAGAAACAGAAAGCUCUGGACAGAAAAGAAAAAGAAAAAAAGCGAACACAGAAACAGGAGAAGCGAAGAUAG